AUGGCAGAUGUGGACUCUCUCAGUGAGGCUCUGAAGGCCAUCAGUGUGAGUACAGAGCUGGUGGAGGAGGAACUGAAGCCUCACCUGGACACUCUACUGACUCUCCUGCUGGAAAAAAAGAAAGGCACAGCAGAGGAGAUUGCUUCCAGCGGGAUCCUCCCCACGUUAGCCCAGAUGCUGAUAAAGAAGAGCCCCCUGACUUCUCAGGUCGCUCUGCUGGUAGCUGAGAUGGCCAGAGAAGCGUCUGUGAGGGAACGAUGCAUAGAAGCCGGGCUGGUGUCUGCUCUGGUACCUUUACUGAACAAACCGGACCAGGACCUGCUGCUGCACACGGGCCGGGCCAUCGGACGCAUCUGCUUUGAGAACACUGUGCAGCAAGAUCAGUUAGUUCAGUGUGGGGUAAUUCCCAGGCUGGUGGCCAUAAUGCAGGAAUACCCAGAGAAUGACCCCCUGGUCAAUGUGUGCCUGUUGGCCCUCUGUAACCUCGCUGACCUGGACACUGCACGAGAGGCUCUGGCAGAGGUGGGAGUGGCUGAAGUCCUAACUGCACAGCUGAAGAGAGCCCCUGACGCUGAACGCCGACACCUCAUACUGGAGGUACUGGGAUCACUGGGAGAGAGCGAUGCACUGAAGCUGCAGUUUGUGGAGGCGGGGGUGCCCGAAGCCCUCUCCGAAAUGAUCCAAAUGCUCCAGGGAGGCUCUGACACUCAUGACCUUUGCAGCAUCAAAAUAGCCUCCAACCUCAUCGUGUCUCUCUUACUUGGAGAUGAAUCCAUGCAGAAGUGCUUCGGUGAAGGGACGGGAAGGGUUUAUCAGGACGUUUUGUCUUGGCUGCAGUCUUCCAACACCCAGCUACAGUUAGCUGGAGCACUGGCCAUAGCCAAUUUUGCCAGGAAUGACAGUAACUGUGUGAAGAUGCUGGAGUUGGGCGUGGUUCCCCACAUCCUGGACCUGCUGGAGCUUCACGUGGAUGACGGAGAUGUGUCUGUCCAGCAUGCAGGCCUCAGUGCACUCAGAAACCUCGCUAUCCCAGCCACAAAUAAAGUCCGUAUGUUGGAGGACGGGGUGACAGAGAGGAUCCGGACUCUGCUGCGUUCUGACAUGCCCCCGGUUCAGUUCAAACUGCUGGGCACCUUGCGUAUGAUGGUUGAUGGACAAGAAGAGGCUGCGACAGUACUGGGGAAGGAUGUGGUUUUGCUGGCUCGUGUAAUGGAAUGGUGUGAAGCACGAGACCACGCAGGUGUCAGAGGAGAAGCCAACCGCCUUCUGGCUGCUUUUAUUAGGCACAGCAGAGCGCCCGAGGUCAUCCACUCUGUCAUCAAAGCAGAUGGAGUUCGACAUCUCAUCUCUAUGGCAACGAGCGAGCACGUCAUAAUGCAGAACGAAGCUUUGGUCGCUCUGGCCAUUGCCUCCGCAAUAGACAUUGAAUCUGUACAGGAGCCGUUUCGGGACGCUGAUCUCUUACCCACCCUGCAAAACAUGUUGGAAGACCCUGUGGGGGCUGUGGAGGUGAAGUUCAGCACCCUGGGCCUCGUCUGCAGCCUUGCCAAUUCAGGCAUAUUAAGGGAACAGAUGGAGUCUCUGAACCUAAAAGAUACCCUCUCCAAGCUCUCCAGUCACAGCAGCACCAAGCUGGCCACACAGGCAGAAACAGUGUUGGCCGUGCUUUCUGAGACCAACUAA